AUGCAGAAGCCACCUGCUGGGGAGCUAGUGUGGGGGUGGAGGGCAGGCCCAGCGCCUGGGCUGCAGUGGGAUCCUAGAUCGGGAGGCCAUCGAGUCCAGCCCCCUGAGGGUUACGCGGCUUGCCCCGGGGUAGCUGAGCGCACGUGUCUGGGGCAGGAUCCCAGCGCAGCCCUGCACUGUGUCCGCCACGCCUCCAGGCGGCGCAGGAGUGAGCCCCAGCAGGAGGCGCCCCCCGGGACCUCACCCUCUCUCCGCCUUUUCACCGCCUUUGUCCGGCACACGCGCAGAAGCCUCCCCGGGUCUCGCGACUACGACUCCCACAAGGCGCUGCGGCCAAGGCCGUUACCGCUUCCUUCCCGGAGUUACAUGAUGCAGGCGCGCGUCACCGGGGGAAACUUCCGCUUUCGCUCCCUCUUUGUUUGCCGAUCCUCCGGAUUGUUUGCUCCACCCGCUGUGCCUUCUGACAACUCUGCUCUUCCACAAGAGAAGAGCACAGAGGAGGAGGAGGGAAUGGCUGAUGUAUUUCUGACAAGCUGGCUCCACCAGGAGUCAGUGACAUUCAAGGAUGUGGCUGUGGAUUUCACCCAGGAAGAGUGGAGGCAUCUGAACCCUUCUCAGAAGGAACUCUACAGGGACGUGAUGCUGGAGAACUACAGGAACCUUGUCUUCCUAGAUGUGAUCUCUCAGCUGGAACAAAGGAAAACGCCAUGGAUGCUGGGGAGAGAAGACCCCAGAGGCCCCUAUAUGGGUGAGUGCACAGGAGCUAGGCCGGCAGGAGCUAUUGCUUUAGAUUGGGAAACUAAACCUGAAGUAAAGAAACCAGUUCUACAGGUGGACAUUGAUAGGGAUAAAUCAUCCCUGGAAAAAUACACAAGGAAUAAUUACCAGGAUUCCAAACUGGAAGAAGACUGGGAUUUUGAUGAUAAGAAACUUUCUAAGCAUAAUGAAUUUGGAGAGUCAUCUCACUAUAAUUCAAACCCUUUUCAGGAUCAUAUAACAGAUAUUAUAGAGAGAAUUUAUGGAUAUGAUGAAUACAGGAAAGCCUUCAUCCAUCUUACUAGGUAUCAGGGAAUUUAUACUGGGGAGAAAUUUCAUAAAUGUAAAGAAUGUGGAAAAUCUUUUACCUGCAGCUCAUCUCUUAAGUAUCACUAUAAAAUUCAUACUGGAGAAAAACCUUUUGAAUGUGAAGAAUGUGGAAAGGCCUUUAUUCUACGAGCACAACUUACAUCACACCAGAGAAUUCAUUCUGGAGAGAAACCUUAUGAAUGUACUGAAUGUGGCAAAGCUUUUAGGUCCAACUCAUCUCUUACCUACCACCAGAAAAUUCAUACAGGUGAGAAACCUUAUCCAUGUAAUGAAUGUGGGAAGGCCUUCAGGUCGAAAACACAGCUCAAUUCCCAUCAGAGAAUUCAUACUGGAGAGAAACCUUAUGAGUGUAAUGAAUGUGGUAAGACCUUUGCCCAGAGCACACCACUUACUACCCACAGGAGAAUUCAUACUGGAGAGAAACCUUAUGAAUGUAAUGAAUGUGGCAAAGCUUUUAGAUAUAACUCAUCCUUUCUUUACCAUCAGAGAAUUCAUUCUGGAGAGAAAUAUUAAUAUAAUAAAGAUGUAGAGGCCUUCCUUUGGGUAGAACAUGCCUUACUUCCUGUCAGAAAAUUCAUAUUAGCAAGAAACCUUAUGAAUGUAAUCAAUGUUAGGAAGUCUUUGGCUGGAGAACAUAACUAGCAAAAUAUUCAUCCUAAGAAGAUUUCUGAAUGUGGAGCAGCAUUCAUUUGAAGCUUAUCCCUUACCUGGUGCAAGAAAACUCAUAUUGUAGAGCAGCCCUGAAAGGGUAAGCAAUAAAUCAAAAAGCAUUGUUGCAGCUUGGACAGGAGUCUUGUGUGCAUUUCUCCCACCAUUUAGCAGUAAAUGCUUUCUAAAGGGGUAGUUUUAUGAACACUCAGCAGACACAACAAAAAAGAUGAAGGAUAACUCAUGCACAAAACUGAUGUAUUGAAGCCACAUUUGCUGGGCUGAAAGUUUUGGUUUCAGUUAACUGACUUCUUGACUUCAUAUCAAGAUACAGAAACAGGAGUAAGUGCCAAUAGCUGAAAUGUAGAUCCGCAGAGAAAGCAGUAGCCCAAAGGAAGAUUGUUGAUAUUUCCUCAUAUGUAGGGGAAAUCUUGCUUCCUCACGUGGGCUGUGGCAUCGUUUUCAGUUUUCCCCAGGUCUGGAAUCUCUGCUCUGUGGAACCUAGGGGCCAGGCUUCUAUUGUGUUUCCAGAGGACUGUGCAGAAGCCUGCCUACAGACAAAGGGGAUAGUUUUUGAAGGGCCCCCCCGCAGCCUUAAGCAAAGUCAAUGAAGAGUGAGACUUGGGGUAUUUCUGACACACGCAAAAGCUACAUAUGAAGAUAUGUAGGUAUUGAUAUAAAGAUGUAAUAUAGCCAUAGAUGAAGAAUUCAGAGAACAUGCAAAAACUUCUAUGAAGUGAUGGAAGAAAAAAAGUAUAGCCUAAAGGAUAGUAUGCAUGUUGACUAUUACAAUAUAAAUGGAGACAGCUUCAAAAUGUGUAAUGUGUGGUUAUUUCAUAUAUAUAGUAUGUAUAUUUAUACAUACAUAUAUGUACAUUUAUCUUCUAAAUGUUUUCCUAAUUAAAAUCAUAACACAGUAGAGAAUAGAAGUAUACAAGACUUUAAGUGAAAUAGAAGAGAAAAUAAUCAAUGCAUCUAAUAUAAAGGGUAACUCAAUUGGGGGGAAAAUCCUUGGCAUCUCAUAUUUCUGACGAAGGUCUGAUGUCUAAAUAAAUGGGAAGUUACACAAA